AUGGAAGAUGGAGGUAUCAGAGAUGAAGAUAUUCGUGCUACGUCUUCCCUGCCAUCAGCUUUUGCUAAUUAUGGUAGACUGAAUCAUACUGAUGGCUUCGGGGGGUGGUGCCCUGAUCAGCGGCCGUAUGCAAAUGAUACAGGUCCUACCUAUAGGGAGUUUAUUCAGGUCCACUUUUCCAGCCCCUUUCGAAUUAAAGGCAUAAUAACACAGUCCCGCUCUGGAGGUGUGGAAAGGAUUUGGAAGUUCUUGGUUUCUUACAGACAAGAAAAAAAUAAACAUUUUGGUUGGUAUUAUGGAGGAUCACAUCGGCCUAGGGUAAGUCAUUUCAAGGACACUUAUGAUGAUGUUUUUCACGAGCAGCUUUAGCUCGCUAAUCAAUAACGAUUUUUCUAUCCAUCGACUCUUUUCAAGAACGAUACUAUUUCGCAACGGCCAAAUUGCAGAGAUUGCACGGAAAUUAACCUCCAAGAUGGAGUUCCUUCAGUCUUAAAUUGGAGUAGAUUUCCGAAGGAAUACUAUUGCCACGGAUGUUAAACUGUUUGCUCAUCGGCGAUUUUGCUAAUCAUUUUCAGGAGUCAGUUAUUUUUCCAUGUGUUCGACAUUUUACAUGGAGCGUGAGGGCGACUAGAUUAUUUUCCUAUCAGCUGACUCGAAUUGUUGGUCUCGUGAGACAAUCAAUGUCAGAUUCAAUCUCAGGCUUUCCUCCUCUGUUAUUUGCAAGUAGCGUGGUAAUAUUAAAGUCCUGACGAGUGUAUUUUUUAAAAUUUUUUUUUUUUUUCUUUUUUUCUUUUUGUUGUUUAUUUGCUUUUUGCAUAUUAAAGACAUACGGUGCCGUUUUACUUUGUCCUAGCGAGUAGGUUAACCAUUUUAUAUUUUUAUAUUUCAUACAGCAAGGUUGCCAGGAACAGAUUUUGUUCAAGGAAAAAAAUACUAGCAAAUUUUAAAUCAAAUUGAUCGUAUCGCUUUUAUUAUCCUUAAACUAACUCUGCCACGUGCGGCACAAAAACGUUCUGACCAACAGCAAUUUAGAGGUUGAAACUCUCGUUUAAACCUGUGUGCAAACAAAUUUCGAUUUUAGGGGAGCGCUUCAAAACAAACUGUUGUGCGGUGGGGACAAUGCCAGAUCUUUGAUUUCAUUACGUAGACUGCGGUUUUCACUAGGAAUUUUUAGUCCUGAGAGAAGCCAUAACAGCGCAAAUUACGUUACAUAAAUUCAACUAUGUUUGAUAUCGUCAGUCAACUUCUGAAACGUCACUCGCCACUCACGCCACCCUGUCAGGUUCAAGAAUGAUUGGCAAAUCAUUCACCAUUCUCAAACAAGCUCGUUUGUUGAAAUUGUCGAGUCAGUAAAUGCCUAUGGUGUUUAUAUGAUAAGCAAAAUAAUAUUGGGUUGCUUGUAAAGUAGAUGAUAUUUCUCUUCUCGUAUUCUACUCGAUAUCUCACGAGUAAGCCUAACUUACUUGUCAGAUAUUUGGUUGAAAACUUGAGGGGAAAUUCCAUAUCAACGCACGCCCAUUUAUUUUCAAGGACUUGAUAAUGUGAAUUGGCCUCCGUAACGAGAUUCUAAGGCUGACGUUUCCAGCGUUGGCCCUUUUUUAAAGCAAACUUUCGUAACAACAGCAAAACGCUUUACUGCCUGCCAUAAAAAGCAUGUAAAAACGACUUUUAUCGAAUCGGGUGUAAGAUUUCAGAAUUCGGAAUUAUAAUCUGGGGAACAUCACCGGAUAUCUCCCGAUAUAACUGAGAUCUCGUAAGUCUCGAGAUGUAUAUAGAACAAUUGUGAGCAAGCUAAAAUGUUUCUUUAGGUCUGACAACGUCGACGGAAAUGUAAAAAAUUCGUGUUUCCGGAACGUUACCAUGCGAUAACAUGAAGUUACACUAGCGGAAACAUUUGUUUCCUUCAACUAAAACCUGACGGAAACAUGUAAAAAAUGCAUGGCACAGUUCCGCUUUGCAUAAACAUCAACGGUUUCACAUAUUUCUUCCACGUUUCCGUUUACGGAUUCUUGACAUUUCCUCCUGUGAAUGUUUCAUGGCUUAUAGUUGGGGAUUUGCUAACAUUAUGCACUGUUGUUGCACAUGUCUUAGGUCUUUGAAGGAAACAGCCUCUCCGAGUUAAAACCUCCAGUUGUUACUGACUCAAUAAGAAUUGUACCAGAGAUAUUUCCUCUCAGACAGGUGUGCCUCAGGUUUGAGCUUUUUGGCUGUCAACUAGAAAGCGGUAAGCUUUUAACUUCCACCUAAUAAAAAUAAUAGUAUAAAUAAUGUAUACAGCGUUGUUUCUACAGAAUAUCCAACAGCACUUUACAAGACUAGAAAUUGAAUGAUAAGAUUAGUAAGUUACAUGAUGUUAUAUCUUCUGUAGAAGAAAGGUCUUUACCAAAUAUCAAUUUCUUGAGGCGAUCCACCUGAUAUUCAGUUGAUAUUCUCUUGCAUUAAGGUGAUUCCUCAUAAAAAAAGUUAUAAAACGACUUUUUAAAAACUUUCAUGAAACGUUCCUCACCAAUGUCGGUUUCGAAAACUACUGUGGAAAAGAUCAGGUCACUGUGUCUGCUUAAGAUCGAGGUAUGAUAGGCAAUCUUGCCCUAUUUAUUCAUGUCCAUAUAAUUAUAUUAUUCACCAGCCGGGAGGUCCGUAUUUGGAAAAAUGUGAAGACUUAGUCUUAGUCUUAGCUGUGGUCAGCUCUCUCUCUCUCUUGAUAUAUACAUUGUUCUGAAAACAGAGGGAGAAAAAUGGAACAAAAUAUCACGAAUUUAUCACAAAAUAUAAUUUCCUGAAUAGUUACUGUCGUUGUUAAAUGAAAGCCAAACAUGACAUUUCUAUUUAUUACUCAGCGAUUGUCACUUACGAGAUAUUCCAAGGUAACUCCCUGGACGGGAGAUACAACUUCACUGAUUCAAAUUAUGAUGGUUUGACUAAAGGCCGCCGUCUAGUCUCUGGAUUGGGAAUGCUUACCGAUGGACGAUUGGCUAAUGAAAAACUUACAGUAAAUAACGGAUUGGGUUGGAUUGGCUGGAACAUGAAAGAGACUCCUAAACCUUUCAUAAUAUUUGAUUUUUUGAACAAAAGAAUCUUCAAUUCAGCUACUUUCCAUUGUAACGUCAAAGACCAGAUACACAUCAAGUUGUUUUCCAGAGUUGAAAUAAGGUUUAGUAAGACAAUGCAGAAUGGUUCUUCACCUGAUCUCAUGCAAGAACCCAAGGUAAUUUCCGUUCCAUCAUCAUCAUCGAUAAACCACAAUGUUACAAUUGACCUGUGCCGCCGUGUAGGGAAGUCUGUAAGGUUCAACUUUACCUACAGAGGACAAUGGAUAUUAAUCAGCGAAGUUAUCUUCAACUCAGGUAAGUUAAAAGAUCUCCAAAAC